UGAGUCACCCAAAGGUUUCUACUUCGGAUUGAAUGUAAUUUUAAUAAUAGCCGAUUUAUCCAGUUUAUAAUUCCUCGGAGUAAAGUAUAUUGUCAGUGUAUCUGUAUUGUAUUGUAACAAUCUUCUUGUUUCCUCCUUCUUGCGCCGUGAUGCUAGAUAUAUUCCAUAGACUGUACGGUAUAUAUAAUUGAAAUCCUCCUGUUCUAAUUCUAUGGGCUAAUCUCACUAAGUUUGUCCUCUCCGCACGCCGUAGCUGGGGCACCCCCACUCUGCAGUUGUUGUAAAGAGGUUGGCCCCCUCCGCUGAAAACAAAAUAGAUAACACAAUAUCAGCUGGUAUCGGUUAGUUUAUUCGCUCUGUGGUUGCUGCAUGGGGAAUGUUUUCGUCGCGUUGUGAUAAUUUACACGGACGUCGCAAAUAAGACAAACGGCCUGCUAAGCUAGCUAGUUAACUGUUAGUUGUUAGAAAGUGACAGCUAGCAGCUAGCUUACUGUAAGCUAAAAAUAUUCUCCUGCCGAAGUGAUUUGAGGUGGGCGCAGCUGAACUGACAGAGAGGACACUUUGCAGCACCAUAGAUAGUGAGGCAUCAUGGGUAACACAAGCGACCGGGUGGCUGGAGACCGCCAUGGAACCAAGGCCCACCGCUCAGACAGCAGUGGCAGUCACAAAGACCAAGAACCCAGCAGCAAGAUGGUGGACAGCACAGACGACCCCAACAUCUUCAACACCCAUGGGCCAGACUCCAAGGCGUUAGGAGAGAAAGAGUCAGAUCAGGGUGACCAGGUGAAAACUGGUCCACAGGCUCGACCCACGGUCAUCCGCUGGGCUGGAGGGGGAAAAGAGGUCUACAUAGCAGGUUCCUUUAAUAACUGGAGCACGAAGAUACCACUAAAUAAGAGCCAUAAUGACUUUGUGGCGAUCCUGGACCUGCCAGAAGGAGAACACCAGUACAAGUUUUUUGUAGAUGGACAGUGGGUUCAUGAUUCCUCAGAGCCGGUUGUAACCAGCCAGCUCGGCACCAUCAACAACCUGAUCCAGGUGAAGAAGUCUGACUUUGAGGUGUUCGACGCCUUACACGUGGACUCGCUGGAGUGCUCAGACACAUCAGACCUGUCCAGCUCCCCUCCAGGUCCAUAUGGACAGGAGCAGUACGUCUUCAGGCCUGAGGAGCAUUUCAAAGCCCCACCUAUACUCCCUCCUCACCUCCUCCAAGUCAUUCUCAACAAAGACACCAAUAUAUCUUGUGACCCUGCCCUGCUGCCUGAACCCAACCACGUCAUGCUAAACCACCUUUACGCUCUCUCGAUUAAGGAUGGAGUAAUGGUGCUGAGUGCGACUCACAGAUACAAGAAGAAAUACGUCACCUCUCUGCUUUACAAGCCGAUCUAAACCUCAACUCGGGCGCUCUGCAGUGCUUUUAGAGAGAAGCAUGUAUGUAUUCUGCUGAUUUUUUUUUUAUUCUGUAUCAUCACAUUUAGCCAAAUCUUGCACUGAAACAAGUUUACAGGUGAGCUAAAGGCCAGUGGCUGUGACUGUGGCUUGGUUUUUUUUAAAGGGUUGCACUUCUGUCUACAUAGGGCUCUAAACAAAAGUAGCAAAGUGCGUGCGUGUGUGUAGGGCAUCAGAGAAAGAUGAAAACCGUACUGUGGCUUUUACCUGUGACAUCUACGGACAGAUAAGACUCUGACUAAAUCACUGUGUGUUUUGAUUGUUUGCUGCACAUUGUGAAUAUAUGCAUGUCAGUGUGUAAAAAAUAUUUUUUUUAAAAAGUGAGGAGUAGAGGAAGAGGAUGAACAGACUAAUUAAUGGUGAUUUCAAAAACGUUCUCUUCAAAUGAGGGCUUUUGAGUGUUAUUGAUGUGGAUCAACAGUUUGAUUUGUGUGUUGUGUCGUCAUAGCCUCCUGGAACUGAUUUGAAUUAAGGUUUGAACUAAUUGACUUGACAGCAUUUAUGGCAUGUGCAUUCAGAAUAGCAGAAUGGCCCAAAGCCAGGGUCUAGAUGCAGAUGAGAGUGGCAUUGGUUAAAGAUAAAGUGCAAUAACGUGCUGUGAAGAGAACUUAGCUAAAGAUAGACUCAGAAAUAUAAUAUUGUGUCAGUACACACAUAUAUUACACAUAUUUUAUAUCAUUCAGUGGAAUCAAAGUGAACUAACAAGUCCAGGAUGUCGGUUUUAUUAAUGUAAUGGUCACUAUGGAUGGAGUACUUAGUAUAAAGGUCAUUGUUUAGUUCUGCUGUUGCCUUUACCCCGACAUAAUUUUGCGAGCACUUUACCAUCCUGUGAGCAGGAGUGUUGAUAUAAGCUUUUAACUAUGCAGCAGUCAACUUUUUCUGAACUGUAGCGUCUCUGGAUUAUAGAACACAAUUAGUGCUUUUUUUUAGUGCUUCUUUCCUCUAGAUAUGAACUUGCAGUGCUUGUGUGUGCAACUGUAUUGUGUUCUAUUUUCAAAAAUAGAAAUGUACUGUAUGUAUCUGUUACAUGUGUAGUCAUACACAGGUGUGUACACCUACACAGUUUUUAAGGAAUACAUCACUCCAAAAAAUGAUUUUGUGAAGAAAACAGAGGAAUUUCUUGAUGAAUUGAAGUGAAUAGGGACUACGUUUAACAAGAGCCAAUAAACUAUAUAAAACAUCUGUUUACAUUCUACAACCUGUGAGUCAGACUGGUAAACAGAUGCUUGUAUAUAGUUUUCUGUAUUUUAAAUUGAGCCUUAAACUCUUUAAUCCGUCAAGAAUAUUCUUUGGUUUUUGUAUUCUUUGUUCACUGUGAAGACAUGCAAGUUUUCUUCAUGAAUUCAAAGUUACACUGCGUGAGUAAUUGAUUUAUGAUCAUUUGGCAUUGAAAUAGUAAUUUACCUUGCUGCUUUGCAUGCAUUGAAUGUCUGCAAUAUUUACUGAGUGUGGUGCGGCUCAAAGUGUGAUCAGAGGCUCAUUUUCAGAUGACUUUACAGGGCUAUGAGGAUAUAUAGUUGCCAUAAUUUUAAGAAUUGUACAGUUUGCUCACGUGUGUGUUCUUUAAGGUAUAACCCUUUAAGGGGAUCUGUAUUUUGAGGUACAGUGGUUUUGAAAGUUAUUUUUGUCAAGUAUUAAGUCGUGCUGUUUAAUCGUCUGCACUUGCAGUACAGUAUAUACCCACGGUUGAUACACUCUUCAGACUUAUAAAAGGUGCUUUCAUAAAUCCUGUUGGUGUUCAACGAGACGCUCUGAAAGUAUUUUGUGAAUGUCGAGCCUAGCCAUGAAGUUUUGUCCAAAGAGUUUUUCAGAUUUACAGAUAUGAUAAGGGAGCGAGGACAAGCGGCCAUGGACGUGAUGUUUUAAGGCUAAAACCAAAACUUGAAUUUUACAACCGUUUCCUGAAUGUUUUAAAAUGCUUUGCAGAACCAGUGUGAUGAUUAACUGUACAAGGUUUUACUUGUUUGCAAAUAAAAGAGA